AGCCCCUCGGCCUCCGUGCGCCACCCCCCGCCCGGCCGUGCGUCCUGGCCCAGGAGCAGCCACCUCCCUCCCCCGCGGGCGCGCUCCCCGGACUGAGCGUGCUCGCCCCGGGUGGAGCGUGCUCCGCCCCCUCGGCCGUGUGUGGGCCCCCCCUCGGGAACGGAGCCUCCCCCCGACUGAGUGAGCCCGCAAGCCCCGGUCCCGCGUCCCCCGCCGUGCGCCCCGCACCUCCGUCCCCUGGGUGCCGGGUUGCGCGCGGGAGCUCCCUGGGGCGCCGGUGCCGGAGGAGGGGUCGUGGCGCAGCUCUGGGAGCAACCCACUGACCUCGAGGCUCCCCUCCCCCCGGCGUCCUCACCUCCUGUCCUGUCCUGCCAGGCUCCGCACCCGGCGGCUGCAGCGAUGCGGGGGCGCCGGGAGGCCUGAGAGCAGAGACCCGCCCGCCCGGGGAACACCGGAAUGGAGGCGGAAGGCUUGGAUUGGCUUCUGGUCCCCUUGCACCAGCUGGUUUCCUGGGGGGCAGCCGGGGCCAUGGUCUUCGGAGGGGUGGUGCCCUAUAUCCCCCAGUACAGGGACAUCCGGAGGACUCAGAAUGCCGAGGGCUUCUCUACCUACGUGUGCCUGGUGCUCCUGGUGGCUAAUAUUUUACGGAUACUCUUCUGGUUUGGAAGGCAUUUUGAGUCGCCGCUCCUCUGGCAGAGCAUAGUCAUGAUCUUGACCAUGUUACUGAUGUUGAAGCUGUGCACUGAAGUCCGCGUGACAAAUGAGCUGAACGUAAAACGCCGUUUCUUUGCAGACUUUGACCCUCACCACUUCUGGCACUGGAGCAGCUUCGGGGACUAUGUGCAAUGUGUCCUGGCCUUCACGGGCGUGGCAGGCUACGUCACAUACCUGUCCAUCGAUUCAGCCCUUUUUGUGGAGACCCUGGGCUUCCUGGCUGUGCUGACCGAAGCCAUGCUAGGUGUCCCUCAGCUCUACCGCAACUACCGCCACCAGUCCACUGAGGGAAUGAGUAUCAAGAUGGUGCUCAUGUGGACUAGCGGUGACACCUUCAAGACGGCCUACUUCUUGCUGAAUGGCGCACCCCUCCAGUUCUCCGUGUGCGGCCUGCUGCAGGUGCUGGUGGACCUGGCCAUCCUGGGGCAGGCCUAUGCCUUCGCCCACCGCCCCCAGAAGCCGGCCCCCCAUGUGGCACACCCAGCCAGUGCCAAGGCCCUCUGAGGCAUCUGGGGAAGAUGAGGAUGUGUGUCUCUCGCAGGGGCGCCAGCCCGGCUGCUGGGAUCCCGAUUGGCCUCUGUGGGUCCGGGUGGGCUGCUGGGGGCCUGGUGCCGACGUCUGUGCUCGCUCACCCUAAGGACGAGUGGAGUGGGCUUCAUACCCCAUGGCAGGGCUGCAGCCGCUUCCCAGGUGAUGGACAAGCAAGUGUGUCCUCCUUCCUCCCAAAACACGCCUGUCUGGAACUUGGGACAUGCACAUGGACCCAGGAAGAGGCCGACCUCGGGCCGCUGCUGGACAGAGGGCGCCGGGAAUCCUCCACUGGGUCCCAGCCUGCCGGGGUCUGGGGAUUGACGGGCGGGGUCCCUGGGGCCUGCAGCCUGGGCGACCCUCACCAGGGGUGGGGUUGGGGAGCAAGGAAGGCGGCACAGAGAACAUGGUCCUGCCCUCUGAAUGGCCCAGAUGGUGGGUGCCCUGGUGCCAGCGUGUAACUGAAGGUGAUGGUGGCCGGGGCCUGCAGAGGGUGGCUGGGGCUUUAUAUGCACCUGCUCCUUGUGGAAAGGAUGUCGCAAGGACGCCCGUUACAGGUGCUCUUGCUCCUCUGGCCGGACUUGGCCUCAUCAGAGCUGCCUUCAGUGCAGCUGCCUCAUGGGACUCAGGAUGUGGCCCCAGGUGGCAGUGGAUCCAGGGCUGUGCAGGGCAUCCUGAAGAUGCUGGUGCAGACGCCACAUGUAGCAGGGGCAACCUGUGUCCAUGCUCAGGGGGUUGGCACCAGAGCCCGGAGUUGCCCACGAGUCCUGGGGGUGCAGGGGGAGGUGGUCCACGUGUGCUCCCAGGAAAGCCGGGGGCCUGGGGUCAGGCCUGGGCAGAUGAUGCACCCCUGCCCCAGGGAGGGCCACAUGUGUGGGCUGUCCCCCCUACAUCCUGGGAGUUGCUCGCACCUGCAGCAUAGGGCCUUCCACACGCGUCUUCCAGGGCAGGCAGGGGCCUGCAGGUCAGGAGAGGGGACUGUGGGGCGGGUGUCCCCACGUGCCGAGCUCUCGGGCCUGGGUGACCGUCCAGGGUGGGGGCUGGGCGGGCAUCUUCGGUCGCCCUGCAUCCCCCUCCCCUCCAGUUCUACAUGAGCAUCUCAGCUGUGCCCAAUGGCCCCAGGCAAGCUCCCAGGCCGCCCACAUCUGUGUGUUCUAGAUGCUUCCAUGUGGCCUCCCUUCUGUCGGGCAGAGGGGCAACUCCGGCAUGUUAGCACAGGCGGUGCCAAAGCUCAGUGGUGUCUGCCCUCAAAGCUGUGUGCUGCUCCUGAGUUUUCCUGUGGACUCUUGAGUGUCCGCGUGAGGUUCCUCGCUGUGACCUGGGCUAUCAGAGGCUCUGAGCACGUUUGUCUCCUACACACGAAGGGGCCACAGCUGUGACCGUGCACACCUGGCUGGGGAGACUGUGUCAGCACUGUGGUUUGAACACAAUAAAGCCCUCAUGGAUCCAA